GAUCACUUGAAACAGUCAGUUACCUUUCCGUUUUAAUACCGUAAGGAUCUACCAGUCACGCGAGCUUUCGGAUCUCUCACUUCCACUCUCUUGAUUAUCAACUAUAAUGAAGUGGAACGAAGUGUUAGUUAUUUUAUGGAUCAUCUUUUCACCUUCAAUUGCAGUUUCCUCUUCCUGGAGACCGGUUGUACCAUCGCAAUUGGGUAUUUUACAUCAAGAUACAUCAAUUUAUGGAAAUUCACAAUAUGAUAAUGAAAAUUUUUUUGGACAAGAAAAUGAUCAAUGCGCCCUUUACAAGGUUGCAAUGAAUCAACAAUUAUAUUUCGAGUACAUUCAAUAUAAAUUGGAAUUCCCAUCGAUGAAGGAGUUCACUUUAUGUAUGUGGACAAAAUUCAAGAAUCAUACAAAUGAUCACGUACUUUUUUCCUAUGCAGUGGGUAUUCAACCGAGGGGUAUAUUAUCAUGGGUAGCAAACACUGCAAGGAGUUCAUAUUACAUGCUCAACAUAGAUGGACAUAACCUUUAUAGAUUAAAUUAUCCUUUAAGAUUGAAUAAAUGGUACCACUCCUGUCAGAGUUGGAACGGACAUACGGGAGAAUGGCAGAUCUGGGUCAACGACGAGCGUGUAGGUCGAGGGUUCAAUAACAGGUUGGUUGGCCACGUGAUAAAAGGAGGGGGAAUCGGAAUUUCCGGUCAAGAGCAAAGACAACUUGGAGGAGGAUUUCUCGAAGGAGAAGGUGCACCUCCAGGCUCAGGUGGAAUGCUCGGAGAAAUAACUAUGGUACAAUUGUACGGUGUAGCUUUAACGGCAGGGAAAGCUCAUCGAGAUCAUAAGCAUCAUCAUGUUCAUCAUUAUGAACACGAUACGAGCAAUAAUGUUCCUCCUUCAACAACACAAGCACCUGUUACUGGCCCUCCUUUACCAAUGAAUCCUUACUUAACCGGAGGACAAAUAAAUCAUCAAGUGAAAAUUAAUCCCGGUUCUCAUAUUCAAAUUGUAAAGAAUGGUGUUACUCUACGUCAUCCAAGUAUUCCAUCGUCACAGAUGCCAGCUCAACAACCAUUUCCACCCGCAAAUCCUAUUCCAAUUCCAACUCCUUCUUCACCAUCACAGAAUUUAAUACCCGGAUUCCUGCCCGUUCUCAAUUCAUAUAAACCACAAUUCUUUAGCAAUAAAAUUCCCCAAAUACCAAGUUUGACAUCAUCAAUAGCAAAUCCAGUUAAUGGAUAUAAUUUCAUUGACAGAAGAUAUCGACACAUUGUCAGACAACCUAAAAGUCUAUCAAAACGUGACAAUACCGAUGAAGAAAUAACGGAACCGAAAUAUCCAUCAAAUGAAGACAAAGUAAAUUUCAACAUUUUUGGCAGGAAAAAUGUGACAAAACGAGAAACAGAUAUGAAAAGAAAACGAGCCCUAGUUCACUUAUCAGACGGUUCAAUAGUGGAUGAUGCAUUACUAUUGCAACAAAAUUUGGAAGAUGAUUAUUUUUCUGGUUUAGCCAAUUUUGGUGCAGCAUUAAAAACACCUGAAUCAAAGGAAGAAGAAAGAGAACCAGCUGAAGGUGAAGUAAGACAAGUUAUGGAUAUUUGUGAUGGUUGCGCUGGUGAACCAUUCGAAAGGGCUCUUAUAUUUGGAUGGAGAAGUGUUUCGAAAAAAUUAUAUUCAGGUGCUAUGCAUAUUCCAACAGUGCCAGUUUGCAAAAGUUUUUAAACUUCAAUUAUUUUAGUAAACAAAAAAAAAAAAAAAUUAAAUCAGUAUUUUUUUCAAUUUUUUUUUUUUUUUUUUUUAAAUUAUCGCUUUAUGACAAGAUCGCGAUUAUCUUUUUCGUGCUCGAAACUACCUCUUGAACGCGACGUAAAUUAUAUACUCGUAUUGGAUUAGCAUAUAGAUAAUUUAUAAAAAUCAUUUAUUUUUUAUUUUAAAUAUUCCAUUUAUUUAAGAUUGAAUCUAUUUUUUUAUACCCUAGAUGAUUUAAAUUAUUAUUUGUUGUUUUUUCGCGAUUCGUAAAAUUGUGCGAAUUUAAUUAUUUUUAAGAGUAAAUUAAAUUAUUUUUAAAAAAUGAAAGUAAAUUGGCGCAAUUAAAUUAUUUUAAAAUGGGAGGAAAAUAAAUUGCGUGAUUUAGUUUUUGUAAUGAAAAAUGUUGUGUGACAAAUUAUGUAAUCAAUUUUUUUUUUUAGUUUUUAAGGCACAAGUUAUGUCAAAACUUAGUCUAUUUUCUACGUGCUAGUUGUCUAAGACAAGUUUGCUCACCGAUGUGUAAAAUUAGUUUUCUCAAUAGACAAUAUGGCAAAAUAAUGACAUCGAUUUUAAGAAUUGCCAUAAGUAUUGUAGUAUAUAAGCUUUCUUCUAGAUUUUUGUAUAGAGAGAAAGUAUUGUGAUUGAUGAAAAUCGUUUAUAAUAAUAUAUACUCCAGGCAUUUUAGUAUAUAUAUAUAAUUUCUUUGAAUUAUUUUUUAAAAAUAUAUCAAUAUUUUCGAAUUUUAUAA